GUCUUACACUACUGGGUUUUGUUAUUUUAGUUUGAGGUUGGACGUUGAUAGUCUUAGUUUCCAGGCUUUGUUUAUUUGUUUUUUUACGUAGUUGAUUAGGCAGCUAUUAACUGAGAGAUGCUGACUGUGACGUCCGUCAUGGCUGGGUCAGCAGUCCACCUGACUUUAUGUUUGGCCCAUAGACUGUAUAUAAAAUAAUAAUAAUAUUUUUACAGUCUAUGGUUUGGCCAAGGAGCCACCAUGGAGAGAUAAAGGAGCCACACGUGGCUCUGGAGCCGCAGGUUGCAGACCUGUUCUAGAAUCGAUAGCUGUAACUUCCAACAUUUUGUGUCUCGAUUAUUACAACAAACAGCUCUCCAUAUGCUGGAGGGCCAGUACAUCAACACCAACUAUAGUUUUUUGUUUUUUUCAUUUUUGUUGCUGGCAUGUCUUGUGAUUUUAUACAUAUUAAAGCGUGUCUUGGCUCAACUAAAGUUAAAAAUGGAUCUCAUACACGCCUAGAUCCCGGCGUGAAAUGGUUAUUUAUAACGCGCAAAGCAUGACGGGACCGCGGUGCUAUUAAACGUUGGAGAAAAUGUUGGCAGUAAAAGUGAACAUCUAAUAAAGUUUCUUAUCAGCACAUUACCAUGGACUUCACAGAAGUUUCUGCCCAGCCAGCCAGUAUAUUAUCCAGUGUUGGGAGCAAAGAUCCAGUAAUCUUAUCCAGCAACGCAAGCCUCAUCUCUACUGGUUCUGCUGACUCUGACGUCAGUGAUAAAAAGAGGAAAGAAAAGAUUGCAGAGUUUAAAAAAAAUGAAAAGGACCUUCAGGAGAAGUUGAAGCAAAAAAUCCAAGAGUUAAAAAGGAUUUGCCUCAGGGAAGCUGAGCUCACCGGUAGAAUACCAAAAGAAUAUCCUUACGACGCCGAAGAGAUGGUUCCUGAAGUAGCACGCUGUGUUAGAGCGCCCUUCAGGCGGAAGGAUCCUUCUGACAAGCAGGAUCCGCUCUUUAGGGAUCUGGAGAGCACAUUUGCUUUGCAGCAGAAGAUUGUGGAAUCAUCCAAACGGAUAGUAAGUGAAGGUGACCUCUACAAGACCUUGAAGAGUAAGAGGAGAUACGAUUAUAUGAACGCUGGGAGGAACCAGGAGGAGAAACCAGGAAACGGCCUAAAGAUCACAAAAGGAAGAAAACCCUCACAGGUGGUUUCACUAAUGUCAACAGAUGAAGUCGACUCCUCAGAACUCAGCUCUCCAUCACUCUCUCUGGAUGACAAUUCUGACCUCGGUUCCCAGAGAGAGCAGUUUGGAACGGUCCAGUACUCAACAGUACUGCACCAUGCAAAGACCCUGCAGAUUCCUCAGAUGAAGGACAGACAGGCUGCAGCACAUGACCAGCUGGCAGUCAGCAG